AUGGAUCCCGUUUCGGCGCUGGGCCUUGCUUCCUCCCUUCCUUCGCUAAUUGAGACAACAGUGCAGAUCAUUGGCUAUGUGAACGACGUCAAGGAUGCUCCGAGUGAGCGGGCACAAUUCGCCCGGCAUGCUUCGAGCCUUCUAGCCAUGUUAACUGAUCUGAGAUACCGGGUAGAAGAAUCCCAGUCUACCUCGGAUGCAUGGUUCAGGGCUACUCGCAGCUUGGGAACUGAAGGAGGGCCUCUCGAUCAGCUACGAGACCAAUUGGAACGCUUGGCAACAAAGUUUGAGCCACCUAGACGGCGACUUCAAAAGGUAGGGAGAGCCUUGAUCUGGACGCUCGACAAGAAAGAGAUCGAGGAAGUCCUUAGGCAGAUUGAACAAGUCAAGACGCUCGACGUUCCGGAGGCGAUUGAUGGAGCUGUUACGGCAAGACAAGAUGAAGAAUUUCAUGAAAUUACUGCCUGGCUCUCCAGCCUCGACUUCGCAGAUAAACAGGCUGACAAUCUCAACCGUGGACAAGUUGACACCGGAGACUGGUUCUUCCACUGGUUCGAGAAAUGGCUAGCGGGAGAGGAGAAAAUGCUAUGGUGUCCAGGGCUACCGGGCGCUGCAAAGACGGUCUUAGCGUCAAAAGUCAUCGAUAUGCUUGAGCGAGAGUUCCAAGGCAUGGAUGAUUUUGCUGUGAUCUACCUGUACUGCAACUACAAAGAAGAAGAAGUUCAAACAGUACAGAACUUGAUGGGAAGCUUGUUGAAGCAGGUUGUCAAACACAAGCAUGCUCUUGACGAAUGUCCCGAACACAACAACACCAGGGGGAGACUACUCGACGAGAUUCAAAAGUUGCCCUCGAAUGCGCGCAUCCUCGUGACCUCGACAUAUUCCCCAGAGAUUAACGAGAGAUUCGAGCAUGUCCCGGCUAUUUAUAUCAGCGCCGCCGAUGAAGACGUCGAGCGAUAUAUCGAAGCCCGCAUCGAAAAGGAGAAGUUCUUGAAAAGACAUGUCGAAACAGAACCAGACCUAAUGGAAGAAAUUAUCAAGACCGUGGUUGAAAGAAGUGAAGGCAUGUUUCUGCUUGCUCAGCUACAUAUGGAUAACCUGGCAAGAAAGCUCAAUUGCCGCGAGCUCCGGAGGGCACUACGUGGUCUACCCAAGGAAUUCGACGAGGUCUAUGGUCAGGCCAUGCAGCGGAUCCAUAAUCAAGACGAGGACCAGGUUGUCUUAGCUCACAAAGUGCUGUGGUGGAUUUCAUAUUCGCCCCGACCCCUCACCGUUACAGAACUACAACACGCCCUGGCGGUCGAGCCAGGUGAUGACGAUCUCGACGAAGACGGCAUAUAUGACAAGGAAUUUAUGGUCUCGGUAUGUGCCGGCCUUGUGACUGUGGACGAGGAAAGCGAUCAAAUUCGCUUGGUGCACUACACAGCUGAAAGCUACUUUCACCGUGUUCGUACAUCCAUGUUUCCUGAAGGCCCAUCAUCCAUCAUCAAGGCAUGCUUUACAUAUUUGACUUUCAGCCAGUUCGAAGACAAACACGGCAGGACAGUCCUUCGCAGGCUUCUCGACCAUCAUCCCUUCUUGAUGUAUGCGGUCAGCGACUGGAGCCAUCACGUCCGCGACGGAAUGACCCAAGAUGUCCGUGAGCUUGCCUUGGAACAUGUACGCAAAAACACUAACACACAAUUGAAUCUUCUUAUGGAGAUGAGGCAAUAUAAAGGGCGCUGCCUUCAGAGCUGCCUGGGUAAGGUAAAGGGUUCCACUCCACUACACGUCGUCGUCUGGCUCGGUCUCGUUGUGAUUGCGGACGAUUUGCUGGUGGAAAAUGUCGACCUGAAUGCUCAAGUGUAUGAAGGUAUAACACCAACACCCCUUCACCUAGCGGCAUCCCAAGGCCACACUCAAAUGGUCUCCUGGCUGUUGCAGCAGGGAGCCACCAUCGCCGCCAAAGCAGACCUCGAAUACACGCCAUUGCACUUGAUCGUUGAAAUGGGACACCUGCCUGUCGUGCAAGUCCUCCUAGACGCAGGGGCAGACUAUGUCGAGCAGCUCUCUGACUGUCAAACCCCAUUGGUCAAAGCUGCGCGGUGCGGAAACGAGGCUUUAGUCCUCCUGCUCCUCGACAAGGGUGCCGAUCCAUCGGCGACCUCUAGCUGGAGCUGUACGGCACUUCAUACUGCAGCUGCAAUUGGUUGUGGCAAGAUUAUGAAGACGUUGAUCUCGAGCGGCAUUGAUAUCUCCCAAACCGACGACUUGGGGAGGACAGCAUUGCACUUGGCGGCAGACAAGGGGAACGAAGAAGCAGGACAGAUCCUGUUGAGCAACAAAGCGAACGCAUUCGCCAAAGAAUAUAGCGGUAAGACAGCAGUCCAUCUAGCUGCGGACUGGGCGCACGAUAAAGUUGUGGAGCUGUUCCUCAAACACCUGGGCAAAGGGGGUGAGACCCGGGUUGAGACCGAGCGAUUGCUCGCAACUACACGUCUCCGAUGGGCAUUCGAGGCAACAGACAAAGACAAAGUCAGAUCCCUACUAAAACAGGGAGCAGAUCCCAAUUUCCGCUUCAAUGCUCUGCGCCCUCUGUCGCAUCUCGCUGCCACACGCAAGGACAUGGACUUGCUACAACUUCUAUUGACCAACCAGUCGAGCGUCGACAUGAGGGAUUCUGAUGGACUGACCGCAUUGCUUUGGGCAGCCCAUGGAGACGACGAGGUUGGCGUCCGACUCCUUCUUGAAUAUGGUGCCGACAUCGAAGCGCCAGAUUGCAAGGGGGCAAUACCAUUACAUUGGGCAGCCGCCUAUGGAAGUGCUUCGGUGGCGAAGCGACUGCUCGUCAAUGGACGGCAGUGGAUGCAAGAGACAAGUUUGAACAAGCAGCUCUAG